CUUUAAUGAAAAAUGGCGGCAUCGGGCGGAGUGGAAUAUAAACACAUCAAGUUUACUCAUUGUUAAUCCGAAAGCUGAGACGAUUUUUAAUUGGAACUGUUUUGAACGACAACAGUUAGCGAAAACGAGGGGGUGUCCUGCAGGAUGGCGAGUGGGGUGCAUGAGGUCUCCAGCUCCGAGCUGGUGGCUCUGCAGACAGGAGGAAGCUCAGAGUCUGAUGCCGAGCUUGUGCAGUGUGGGAGCUCCAGAGCAGAACUAUCUGGCUGGAAAGAGGGCAGAGAGGACUGUGGAGCUGAUCCUGAGCCAGCCAUGGAGUCCAAGCCUGUGCUAGCAGCUGAGUCAGAAAACGCGCGCCGACAUGAGGCAGAACGUCUACAGGAGGAGGUGGUGAGGCUUCAGCAGGAACUCCAUGUGUGUUUGAGUGAACUGCAGAGAGUGCAGGCCCAGCUCAGCCACAGUGCAAGGCUUCAGAAGAACACAGAGAGCUACAACCAGGACCUUAGACAGCAGGUUGAGAAUCUAAGUGUGGAACUCCAUGAGCGGAAGAAGAAAGAAAAGAACCGUGUGGAGAGAGAGACUCAGACUGAGGAGUACACCUGGAGUGAGACAGAUUAUUAUAAUUACUACUAUGGCAACUACUCUGAAACCACUGCCAAUAUAACAGCAGAAAUGGAGCAGGCUGUUUCCACGGAAGCGCAGGAAACCUCAGAACUCACAGAAGUGUGUCCCAUAGCUGCAGUGACCAUGGCAGUCAAUCUGCCCCAGGCAGAGGAAGUGACAGAUGUUGACAACACAGAGGCAGGCAAUGGUGAUGGUGGUUCGUCUAUAGCAGACAUGCUGAGGGCCACAGCAGAGGAGGCGCUUACUCAGACAGGCUUCGUGUUCGACGAGAGCUCGGGCCUGUACUACGACCAUGCCACCGGCUUCUACUACGACACGAGUAGCCAACUAUACUACGAUGCCAGCACAGGCAUGUACUACUACUAUGACCCAGAGAGUGGGAAGUACCAGUUUCACUCCAGAAUCGAGCUGCCAGUGGCUCAGCCAGCGCAGGCCGAUGGCUUGCCAGACAAGGCUAGCAAGAAGAGGAACAAGAAGACCGUGGAGAGAGGGGCCCAGCUGGAGAGCGGGGAUGGUGGCAGUGUGGGGGAUGGGCGCCGAGAGAAUCGCGUAGAGCCAGCGAAGGACGAAGCGACUGCACAGAAGCGAGAGCAUCGUUCACGGAGCAGGAAGCGCUCGUCUCACUCUGACGAUUCCGGGCGACGGCGGAAGAAGAGCAGGAGGCGGAGGCGGAACAGGUCACACUCUGACGACAGACAGCGCAGGAAGAAGAAAAAGAAGAGAUCACGUGAGCGCAGAGCGCGGAAGCGACGCUCCAGGGAAGGCAGCGGCCAGAGUGAGCCAGAAGAAGGUGAAAUCACAGGCUCAGAGGGAGAGGGAAGUUUGUCAUCCACCUCUUCAUCAUCUUUGGCUUCAACCCUGCCAGCCUCGCCAGCUCCUGAAAGCCCAGACAAAGAAGAACAGACACAGGAAGAAGCAUGGCCUCCAUGUGUGAGGGUGACUGUGGUUCGUUCCCCUGUCAUGGAGCCCGGAACACUCUUCAUCCUUACAGCUGACACUGUGGCGACUAUCGGCAGAGAGAAAGACAUGCACCAUGCUGUCAGAAUUCCAGAGAUGGGAGUGAGUAAGUCACAUGCAGAGGUUUAUUUCGAUCAGGAUCAGCAAUGUUAUAUGCUGGUGGACCAGGGCAGUCAGAAUGGCACAGUCAUCAAUGGAAACAGAAUACUGCAGCCAAAGGUGCGGUGUGACCCUUGGCCUUUGACCCACGGUGAUGAAGUGAAGCUGGGGGAGACUGUUUUGUCCUUCCACAUUCACUCGGGCAGCAACACCUGUGACGGCUGCGAGCCAGGACAGGUGCGAGCCCACCUGAGCCGCAACCGCCGCGAAGAGAGCGCAGGGUGUGGGAGCAAGGAGGACAAAGAGGUACAGAGGCAGAGAGAGCUCAAGCAGAUGAAACUCAAAUAUGGUCUGAAAAGCAGUGAGUAUGAGGACAGCAAUGUGUUGCGGAGCGGUAAGUACAAGGACCGGGCAGAGAGCAGGAGGCAGACGAUGGGCAGUGAGGGAACCUUCCACAGAGACGAUGCACCUGCGUCUGUACAUGUCGAGAUCAGCGAGGAGAAUAAGGGCCGGCGGAUGCUGGAGAGAAUGGGCUGGAAGAGUGGAGAGGGACUAGGCAGAGAUGGAGCUGGCAUCACAGAGCCCAUCGGGCUGAAGGUGCGGCCUGGGCAGUCGGGUUUGGGCUCUGCUACCCCGCUUUCCGUGGAGGAGGCAUCUGUGUGUCGCAGCAGGAACCAGCAGAACUGGGAGCGAGCGAGGGAACGCUUCUCACACACGCACGCCCCUGCCACCAAGCCACUGCAAGCCUGGGUCAAAGGGCAACCCGCACAGUGACCUCGGAGUCAGGGAUCAACCCCAGGAGAAGCACACAGUUUGGGGGUGGGCUGUCCAGAGAGGUGGGACCUAGAGGAGGACACAUCAGUUUAUUCAGUGGAUUAACCAAUCCCAUUUAACUGGAGAAUGGGACAGACCGUGAAAGACUGACAGUUUGUAUAUUUUAAAUCUGAUUAACUAAAUGCACAAUAAACUGUGCAUAAACAGUA